AAUUUAUAAACGGAUUUCCACUACGGCUCCUUGCCAACCUUUAAAUCUUUUUAAAAAGUACUAUUUACAGGACUAUCUUGGUCAUUGGUUCUGGUACGGGCUCUCCAAAGCAGUAUUUGUUGUGUGCGUUUGACAGCUAGAAGUUUCUUAGUUGCCCUGUUCCUGUCAGUGUUGGGCAAAACGCUGAACAAUCGUGCUGAGGCGGGGCAGUCUGUUCCUCCGACGCCACGGAGCGCCAUAUUUUCGCAAACAAAAUUGUUUAAGGUGGAACGACAUAUUUUGUGUUUUGAUUCCGAUUAUCUUUUGUUGCAAACUUCUUCCAAAAAAUACCUAAAAACUCUACGUGUUCUUCUGCGUUUAACAGCGUCCUUUUUAAUAUUCUCCUGCUUGUAGUUUUCUAGACUGCCACGGCCAUUACCUUUGGGUCUUGACCAUUGGCAUUGACUGACUGAAGUGGCUUUGGCGGCCCCUACAGGUGUGAUGGCUGUUCCUCCUUCAUACUGUGACCUGGGCAAAGCAGCGCAGGAUGUCUUCAGCAAGGGCUAUGGCUUUGGAAUUGUUAAGCUGGACCUCAAGACCAAGUCCCAAAGUGGAGUGGAGUUCAGCACCUCUGGCUCUGCCAAUACCAGCAGCGGCAGGGCUGCUGGGAGUCUGGAGACCAAGUUCAAAAUGACAGAGCUGGGACUGAGCCUCAGUCAAAAGUGGAACACGGACAAUACUCUGGCUACGGAACUUUCUGUGGAGGACCAGCUGGCAAAGGGCUUGAAAGUUGCUUUUGACACCUCCUUUGUACCAAACACAGGAAAGAAGACUGGCAAAUUGAAGACGGGCUAUAAGCGGGAAUACCUUAACCUGUCCUGUGAUGUUGACUUUGAUGGCCCAGUGUUGCACUCUGCAGCUGUCUUGGGUUACGAGGGCUGGCUGGCUGGCUACCAGAUCGCGUUUGACACAGCCAAGUCCACACUUGUACAGAACAACUUUGCUCUAAGCUAUAAGGAAGGAGACUUCCAGCUUCACACCAGUGUAAAUGAUGGAACUGAGUUUGGAGGCUCUGUGUACCAGAAGGUCAGUGAUCAGUUGGAGACUGCAGUCACUCUGGCCUGGACAGCUGGCAGCAACAACACCCACUUUGGCAUUGCUGCCAAGUACCAGCUAGACAGUGAUGCCUCUUUGUCUGCAAAGGUGAACAAUACCAGCUUGAUUGGGAUUGGUUACACUCAGCGUCUGCGACCGGAAGUGAAAGUCACUCUCUCUGCACUCAUCGACGGCAAGAACUUCAGCGCUGGAGAUCACAAGGUCGGACUGGGCUUUGAAGUCGAAGCAUAAGUGUCUUCGUGGAGUGGAAGAGAGACAAGCACACUCCACCUCCACUCCCACUAUUUCUGCUUCUCAUAUACACAAGUGCACCCCUUAACCACCCCAAGAAUUAAGUGCAAAUGAAAAUACACUUGUGACAAUAAUCAAUCAGAGGAUAAUGUUGUAAUGUCAUUUGUCUGAUACCUGCAGUAUGUUUACUACUACAAAGACUAAACUGUUGUAGGAAAAAAUACUGUAUGCACUAUGCCUAGUGUUCACUGGCAGUGGAGUGUUUUAUAUGCUUAAGCACCUUUUUAUUUCCUCCUGCCUGAUGGUACAUUACGCGAGGAGAGUGAAACCUCCAUCACGCCUGUCUCAGGGCCAUGCGGUCUGACUGCCAGGAUGAACAGUCUAUUACUGCACUACUGGGGCAUUUUAGCACGAAACGGUCUCACACAGUCACAUAUAGAAAUAUACAUAGAGCUGGGAUGCUGGCUUAUAAACAUCUCACUGAGUAGUGAGUGAACAUGUAGACACAUUUCACCAGCAUUCUGCAAUAAACUGAACACUACUGCUUAGGAAAGUUGUUGAACAUUAUGGCUUACUUGGAUUAAUUUGGUCAAUUUCAAUGUGUUUUACCAACUGUUAGUUGGGUUUGAGCAUAAUCACCUCACUUCUGCAGUAGCUAACAAAUUCCAAUACAGAAAUGAAAUAAAAGGUGAGGGUUUUCCCCAA